AUGGCAGCCCGUUCUCCCUAUUUAAAUAGUUUUAAUUAUAAUAACAACAGCAACGGUCAUCAUUCUCCAAAUAACACAAACAAUCGUUUUGCUGCUGCUGCUGCUGCAACCGAGUCGAGAGAGGGACGAAGAUUGACGCAAUUAUUCUCGUCACAUUAUCCUCAGUCUCUCUCAACACAACGGCAUGAUAUGGCAUCAUCUUAUAAACCAUACUCAUUUGAUUCCAGUAAUCCUAUGGUUCAAUAUCAUCGACAAUUAUCAACUAGGCCAUUUUUUUAUCCAUCUCAUUCAUUGCACAAUCACUCAUAUCAGCAACAAAAUUUAGUCUCUUGUAUUCCUUCUAAUUCCGCUCAAAUGUCAGUUCGACAGUCUCAUCAAAUGUCACUAGCCAAUUCUAUGCCAAACACUACAAAUAUUCCGGCCAUUGAUUUAUCUAAAAAGCAACAACAACAAUUGUCGUCCGAGUUCAUGUAUUGGAACACAGGUGACAUACAAGAACAACAACAACAGUCUUCGAUAAAAAACGGCACAUUAACAUUAUUACAAACAGAUAUCAAAGAAGAAGCAUUUGAACCUAUGAUAGAUGACGGUUCAGAAGAAGAGUUAGUGUUAAAUGAACAAGAAAUUAUCAAGAAAAAGAGCAAAAAUCAAAUCAAAACAGAAAGUUUAGAAACUUCAGUUGAUGAAAUUGACUUAACUGGAAUACUCAAACAACAACAACAACAACAAAUUGAACCAACAAAAGAUAUUCAGAAUGAUUUAGGAAAUUUGUCGAAUUAUCAAAAGGUAAUUCAACAACAAGAUGAGCAAGCAGAACGAAAUUCAUCGACAUCAACGCCAAUGAAAUCAAUUAAUAAUGGGAGCCAACUUAAAAAAAAACAAGAUCUCGUCAAAAAAGGUACGAGCAAAGUUUUUAAUAUUUUUGAUUGUCUUAUUCCACAAGCCAUUGCUAAAAAAAUGUCGUUCUCUUGUUUAUUUAAAAUUAAUCAUUAA